AUGUUCCUCGAGUCAACGAAUCGCCCCGGCUCUAGAAGGAACUUGUUCAUGACCCAACAGAGCCGGGUCGUCUUUAUCGGCGCCACCGUGGUGAACGCGUACGUUGCACACAGUGCCGAGAUUAGCCUGAGACAAAGAUUCAAGGCAAAGCGGGCGGUGGAGGUCACCCACGAGAGGACGGAGUCCAUCCUGAACACCUUGAUGCCCGUUAUGGUCGUUGAGGACCUGCGAGAUGCUGGCUUUAACCAGGCCUUCCCUUCGCACCUCUAUCGGAAGGCCACCAUCGCCCAAUCUGACCUGUGUGGCUUCACUAAGUUGGCGAGUACGCGCAACCCAGAAGAGGUUGUCAGCUUCAUUGGCGAGCUCUUUGGGCUUUUCGACAAACUGACCGACAAGUACGAGGUGUACAAGGUCGAAACGGUGGGCGAUGCGUACAUCGCUGGUCAGGCGGAGGUGCCUUUGACAUUCAAGAACUCGCCCAUGAAUGUCGUUCGCUUCGGCCUCGACAUGGUGCUUGAGACGCACAAAUGGUCGCGGCGGAUGAACGAACAAGUGAGUUGUCGCGUCGGCGUCCACAGCGGGGAGUGCAUCGGCGGCAUCGUCGGCACAGAGAUGCAAAG